ACGGACGCCAAAGUAGAUAAGAUAAAAGAAGCUGCAGCAAAACUCAGCAACGGUUGUGAAUUCCUGACAGCUAACCAAGUUAGUGAGAAGCGAAAGUCAAUCUUCAAAGUGUCCACUGGUUCCACUGACUUUGACACACUUCUCAAUGGCGGCAUCGAAAGUAUGGCCAUCACCGAGGCGUUUGGUGAGUUUCGUACUGGAAAAACACAAAUCUCGCAUACUCUUUGCGUUACCUGUCAAAUUGCAAACGGCAGCUUUGCUGGCGGAAAAGCUAUCUUCAUUGACACCGAGCAAACAUUUCGACCUGAUCGCCUCAGGCAAAUCGCAGCUCGGUUCAAUCUCGACGAAGAGGCGGUACUGGAAAAUGUGCUCUAUAUCCGAGCCUUCACUAGUGAGCACCAAUACGAAAUUCUCGACGCUGUCGCUGCCAAGUUCCACGAAGAGAGCGGCAACUUUAAGUUACUCGUCGUCGACUCGGUGAUGGCACUCUUUCGUGUUGACUACACGGGCAGAGCUGAGCUGGCGGACCGACAGCAGAAGCUGGGGCAGUUCAUGGCCCGUCUGCAGAAGAUCUCCGAGGAGUACAACGUAGCCGUCUUCAUCACCAACCAAAUGACCGCCGACCCGGGUGCGUCAAUGUCCUUUCAGGCCGAUCCGAAGAAGCCCAUCGGCGGGCACAUUAUGGGGCACGCCUCCACGGUGCGACUGAAUCUGAAGAAGGGCCGCGGUGAGAAUCGAAUCGUCAAGGUCUACGACAGUCCCGACCUGCCCGAGAACGAGGCCACCUACUCCAUCUCAAUGGGCGGCAUCUGCGAUGGAAAAGACUAG